CACCAGAAAGCGCCGACUGGCCUUUGAGGAGUUCGUGUCAAUGGAUCGUGAUAAUCAGCGAUAUUGAGCAGAAAACAAGAACGAAAGUGAUUGCGAUAACAUAUUAAUGACUAUCAAUAUAUAAUAAGCAGGGCUGGAAUGGAUGAUAUCAACCUACACUACAGGUUCCUGAACUGGCGGCGGAGGAUACGGGAGAUCCGCGAGGUGCGGGCUGUGCGCUUCCAAGAACGAUUUAAGAGAAUGUUGAAGGAUGGCGAUACCCUCAGUUACCAAGGGAACUCUGAUGAAGUUGGCUGCUACGUUGCACCUCGGCCCCUUUCAAAAGGAAACUGCUACUUUGAGGUGACCAUAAUGGACACGGGCGUGAGGGGGACGAUCGCUGUGGGCCUGGUGCCGCAGUACUACAAGCUGGACCACCAGCCCGGCUGGCUCCCGCACUCCAUCGCCUAUCACGCCGACGACGGAAAGCUUUACAACGGGAACACCAUGGGACAGCAGUUUGGUCCUAAGUGCAACCGCGGAGACAAAAUCGGCUGUGGGAUUUACCAGGACUCUUUUGAUGCCGGGCUAACAACGGUUUUCUUCACCAAAAAUGGCAAAGAGGUGGGCUCAGUAGUGGUCCCGGCGUCUCCAGACGGGCUCUUCCCAGCCGUGGGCAUGCACUCCCUGGGGGAGGAGGUGCGGUUGGACCUGCAGGCGGAGUGGGGUACGGAGGAGGACGACAGCGUGAUGAUGGUGGACAGCCAUGAGGACGAGUGGGGGCGGCUACACGACGUACGCGUCAGCGGCACGCUGCUGGAGUACACGGGCAAAGGGAAGGGCAUCAUGGACGUGGGGCUGGCCCAGGCCCGCCGGGCGCUCAGCACACGUAGCCACUACUUCGAGGUGGAGAUCGUGGACGCCGGGGAGAAGUGCUACAUCGCACUCGGCCUGGCGCGCAGGGACUACCCCAAGAAUCGACACCCAGGAUGGAGCCGGGGUUCUGUGGCCUACCAUGCGGACGACGGGAAGAUCUUCCACGGCAGCGGUGUGGGGGACCCCUUCGGGCCCCGCUGUUUUGAGGGGGACAUCAUGGGCUGCGGAAUCAUGUUCCCUCGGGAUUACAUCCUGGACAGCGAGGAUGACAGUGACGAUGGGGACUACUUUGAGGUGCGGCCCAAACAGAGAAGGGUCCAGAAUGUUCUGUACCUGAACGAUGAAGAGGAGGAAGAGGACGAGGAGGAGAUGGAACAGGAGCAUGAAGGCAGGAAGGUCAUGGUGUUCUUCACCCGCAAUGGCAAGAUCAUUGGCAAGAGGGAGGCGGUGGUGCCCACGGGGGGGUUCUACCCCUCCAUUGGGAUGCUGAGCAGCGGGGAGAAGGUGAAGGUGGAUCUGCACCCCCUGAGCGGCUGAGAGAGGCCCCGAGAGGCGGGGCAACAAUCCCAUACUUUGGGGACGGAGGGGGGGAUGGAAAGAGGGUGGUGGGCUUGCCACACCCCUCCCCCCCCCCCCCCCCCCCCCCACACUCCGUACCCCUGCCACGGCCCCACCCUCGCACGGCCUCGUCCCCACCUCCAGCAACCCUCGUCCGCCUCCUCGUAAACUACCUGAAAUUACGCGUUACUUUAUGUUUCCUUUAAAGCCUACCACCGAAUACGAGUUGUUCCUCUUCCUUUCGUAUUUCCGCUCUUAGGCUGGCUGUCUGUGGCCAAGAAGUGUUUGAAAGCUGAAUUAGUGGACUCCAUGCAGGGACGGGAUUUAAAUCCUGCUGGCAGUGCCUUUUCUGGGCACCAGGGUGCGCUGUUUCUCUACAACAGUCAAAGACAAUGUAAUAUUGUGCCAGAGCUUAGUGACCAUUUACCUUUUCAGUGGCGCUGGGUGAAAAUGUUUCUCACUAGUAAAUCCUUAAAUCCAUGAAUGGCAAAAAUGAAUAAGUGUAAACUGUAUAAAUUAUAGUCUAUUUUUGAAUGAUAUUACUUGAAUAUAAAUGUAACUCCCAAGAUAUCACUGUGGCGCAAAGCAAUGCGUUCCAUAAGCAUGUCCUAACCGUCAUGCCGAUUGCGCAAGUUAUUGAUGGGGAAUGAGAGCAGUGAUUGUCUGAGGUCAGUCAGCUUUGGCAUUGUUCGUUUGAAAGCGAGUGUUUUGUCCCACACGCACCGCACGCACUUUCUGUUCUUGUGUCAGGACUCGAGCCUUGUAUGUGUCCGUCGGCCAUGCGACAGCUGCAAGUCUGGGAACUGUGGGUGUGCAACACAUACAAAUGCCACAAGGGGGCAGGAGUCUGUGUUUAGCCUCUCUGCCUCUGUACUUUCGCCACAGCGCUUAGGCCAGAAAUGCUUAAUCCUUACGGCACAUUUCAAAGUAAACCUCGGACCGUAGAAAGCUGGAAAAUUAAUUAUUUCGUGAGGUAGGUAGAACCUACUUUGAGGAGAAUAGAUCGCUCAGAUGCACGUUAUAUAUUUUUUUAGACACGUCACGUCAUUAAACAGAACAAAUGGUUGUUGGUGAUUAGUUAUGCAUGAUUCACUUGAAAUAUAUGCAUUGCUUUUAUCGCAAAAAAUGGCUGCAUUGAUUGAUGGCUAGUUAAUGUUAUUUCAGUCUGAUGUCCGCCGACAUCGAGAAGGACGCAAAUUAUCAGAAGUCACAUAUAUUCUGUUCUGCAAUAGUUGCCUGUUUGUUGUAAAAUUCACUUUUGUUAGAAAUGAGCUUUUAUUUGAUUAGUAUGAAAUUUUGUUUUUACUGUAGAUGUGACCUAUCACGGUUCGUAAUGUCUUAGGGAUGCAGAGUGCGCCCCCUAUGUCCAUUCCUUUGGAAUCACCACUCCUUAGGAACGCCAAUAAGUUCACUUUUUGCCAAACUGUGCUACCAGUUCCAGAGAGCCCUGGAAAUGUGGAUCCAGCACUGUUCAGUAGAUCAAGCAAGAGCUUUCCAGCUUUCCACCUCACCUGUCUGUCUCCGCUUGUCUAUAGUAAUAAUUAUAAAUAUAAUUGUUUAAAAUGCAUGAAAGGUCAGCGAAGUGAUGCAUCUGUUUUGUGAGUUUUGGUUUUCCUGCAGGAUUCUCCCGUUUGCGUCACGUUUCCUCUGAUAUUGAUAACCAGUGGUGCUCGCCGAGGGGCUGUAUUGCUGCACUGCAGACCACAGACGCGUCAUAUGCUAUCGACACGGACACUUUACACACGUGUACUCUGACCGCUGCUGUUACGGGCUGCCCAGGGCUCCCUCCUCCAGAUCAUUCCCCCCAAAUCUCAUGUAGGAGAUGAAAGGGUUGGUCAUGUACCGCUGUUUUCAUGUUUGUAAAACUCUUCUGUUGAUUUAACUGUUUCAGGCUAAUUCGGUUGCGUGCGCUUCCCGUUUCUCUCUCACGGUUGCAUUUCUUCGUUUCGGGCUAAAUAUUUUGUUGGUUCUGGGGAAACGGACGAGUGUUCAACAUCGCUCCGUUCUUGGAGGGAUGUACCACUAUCCUCUAAGCUGGUUAUUAAUGAAUCUUAGUUAACGGUUGUGGUCGUUUGUGGGUCUGAACACUAGACUGUGGCAAUCGGGGGAUAACGUUGUUGUUGUUGUUGUAUUGGCCAUGUUCCUGCAGAGGCCUAGCGCAUGUUUAUUCACUGAGCAUAUUUGCACGUACAGCAUCCGCCAUAGAAGGACUCUCCCAUCCAGGUGGAGCAUGAGGUUACCCACCAUAUUUAAAGCUGUCCUUAGUUCUGCCUAACAGAUUAGUCAUAUGACAUGUAUCUAGACAAUGCAUACUUAGCAAUAUAUAAACGACCCAAAUCUGUGCCUAAAAGGCUGACACACAGGUGCCUUCUUGCGAUUGCUCUGAAUAAUCGUCCGCGUUGUUCAAAGCCGUCGUUGUCCGUGCAGAGUGUGUUCGAGGGCACCAGUUAUUUGAUGCGAUACAGUAUCUUAACAGUGGAGUAGGUUGGCUCCCUGUUGCUGGCUCUUCUUCCAAACGCACUCACCCCUGAUUGGUCAGCAGACCCUGUGCAACAUAUCGAGGCCAAUCAUUGGCGGGUGCGAAUAAUGCAGGAAGACUAAAGCAACACGGCCCAUCCUAAGAAUCACACAGAUGCUUGUGGCCGUUGGCUUCAUCAGGAUCCUGAGUCUUAAGCUGAAAUGCAGGUGCCAGGGGAGGGGCCAUGACGGCAGGGGCGGGGUUAAGAUGAGGGAGGUGGGGUCGCAUUGCAGAAGUUUGGGAGGCAUCACUCUCGGUAGCCAAUCACACUGUAUCCAUCAGUGGGCUACUGUUCUAGGUCCCUCCCUCUCCAGGCUACCUGCAUUGCUGUUAAUGUGUACAUACACAGAGAUGUUUAUAUGACUAAAUAAAGAUGGCUAUUUCCAUAG